AUGGUUGUCCAUAUUAUUAAGGAGGAGGCCUCUACUCAAAAAGAGAAGUGAGAUUAUAUCUUCCUUUGAUGAAUCUAGUAAACAAUUAAUGUCAGAAUAUUGCAAUAUACUUGACAACAAUUGUAAGGAUGUAUGACAGAGACAAAGAGGGCCUAAACUUGUGAUGCCUGUAAGGAAAGAAUUAGGGCUGGAAAUGGAAAUGAAAAAAUGUUCAAUAAAUCUAACAACAUAAUGUAGUGUAAAGAAAAAAAAAAAAAAAAAAAAAAUAAAUAUAUAUUGUGCUGUCUUCCACUUAGCAUCAGGACAGGAGAGGUGGUCUGUGAUGUCUGUGAGGUCAAAGCUGUGAAGUCCUGUCUGACCUGCAACCUGUGCUACUGUGAGACCCACGUUAAGAAGCACUACACAGCACUUAAACUACAGAGACACACCCUGGUGGAGGUGACUGGAGACCUGGAGGAGAGACUCUGUCAGGAGCACCACAGAGCUCUGGAGGUGUUCUGCAGGACAGACCAGAAGCUGAUCUGCAGUCUGUGUGUAGUAACAGAACACAAAGGACAUGAUGUAGUCUAUGGAGAGAGAAAACAAGCAGGAAGACAGGUAUAGUUUAUGCUUUCUUCUCCCCUUUAUCAGAAAACAUGCUGACUUUCCUCUGUUGUCAUCAUUGUCCAAUACAAAGUAGUACACAUUUUUUGCAUCCAACUAUACAAAAUGUUUGUUUCUCCAUAAAAUCCCACUUGUUCUGAAAACUAUUUCAUAUUGAUGAUGUCAUGGAAGACAUGUUGCUCCUUCGUGAUCCUCACAUUUUUUUUCUUCUGUUGUCCUUUUUGAUAUAAAAGACUCAAGGUGAAGAGCAACAUCAAAACCAGGUUUUAAAUGAAGGUAUGUGUUCAGACUUUUAAUGCUCAAUUCACUGGUACUUUCUCCCCUGUGUUAAUGGGUUGAAACAAAACAUACAGGCUGUAUAUAUUUUACAUGCUACUGUUCUUUAACCAUUUCAGCUACAAACAUUAAAACAAUUAAACAUUUAAAAAAACGUUAUAAAUUGUAACUAUUUAAAUUAGCAUGAUAUAGCAUAAAAGAGGCCACCAACAUUAAUAGUAACUCUUGAACCAAACUAGAUUAACAAAAACCAACUUUCAGAUGUUCAGGCUAUCCUAUCCUAUCAACCAUUUAAGAAUUCAAGACAAGCUAAGAAGUGCAUACAUUUGGUUUAGGACAUGUACUUUUCUAGUUAUUAUUAUCCGCUGCCACCUGUAGCGCCAAAACCUUAAAAGCCAAAACACCAAAACAACUUUAAAAUGUGCAGAAUUACUCACAAUCGAUUGCUUAAAUACACCUUUUUGAUACUAUGUAUACUUUUGGAACUAUAACUGUUUUACAUUUGCAUCAAAGCUCCAUAGACUUCAAUGGGAUAUAUUUAAAUGUUUAGUUUGUAGUCAAAUAACCUAGUGGCCUAAUGGGUGGACUGUUAUUAAUAUUUUACAUAAUAUUAUAAUUAAUCAACAUUAUUUCAUAAAACCCACCGAAAAUCCGGUGUUUCUAGGUCAAACGGUUUUGUUAGACAGUACCAGUCAAAAGUUUGGACACACCUACUCUUUCAAGGGUUUUAAUUUAUUUUUCACUAUUUUCUACAUUGUAGAAUAAUAGUGAAGACAUCAAAAGUAUGAAAUAACAGAUAUGGAGGCUGUGUAAGGGCUAUUUCACCAAGAAGGAGCAUGAUGGAGUGCUGCAUCAGAUGACCUGGUCUUCACAAUCCCCCGACCUCAACCCAUUUGAGAUGGUUUGGGAUGAGUUGGACUGCAGAGUGAAGGAAAAGCAGUGCUCAGAAUACAUUGGGGGAAAAAAGUAUUUAGUCAGACAACAAUUGUGCAAGUUCUCCCUCUUAAAAAGAUGAGAGAGGCCUGUAAUUUUCAUCAUAGGUACAUGUCAACUAUGACAGACAAAAUGAGAAUUUUUUUUCUCCAGAAAAUCACAUUGUAGGAUUUUUAAUGAAUUUAUUUGCAAAUUAUGGUGGAAAAUAAGUAUUUGGUCACCUACAAACAAGCAAGAUUUCUGGCUCUCACAGACCUGUAACUUCUUCUUUAAGAGGCUCCUCUGUCCUCCACUCGUUACCUGUAUUAAUGGCACCUGUUUGAACUUGUUAUCAGUAUAAAAGACACCUGUCCACAACCUCAAACAGUCACACUCCAAACUCCACUAUGGCCAAGACCAAAGAGCUGUCAAAGGACACCAGAAACAAAAUUGUAGACCUGCACCAGGCUGGGAAGACUGAAUCUGCAAUAGGUAAGCAGCUUGGUUUGAAGAAAUCAACUGUGGGAGCAAUUAUUAGGAAAUGGAAGACAUACAAGACCACUGAUAAUUUCCCUUGAUCUGGGGCUCCACGCAAUAUCUCACCCUGUGGGGUCAAAAUGAUCACAAGAACGGUGAGCAAAAAUCCCAGAACCACACGGGGGGACCUAGUGAAUGACCUGCAGAGAGCUGGGACCAAAGUAACAAAGCCUACCAUCAGUAACACACUACGCCGCCAGGGACUCAAAUCCUGCAGUGCCAGACGUGUCCCCCUGCUUAAGCCAGUACAUGUCCAGGCCCGUCUGAAGUUUGCUAGAGUGCAUUUGGAUGAUCCAGAAGAGGAUUGGGAGAAUGUAAUAUGGAGGACAAAGAAUGCUGAGUUGCAUCCAAAGAACACCAUACCUACUGUGUAGCAUGGGCGUGUAAACAUCAUGCUUUUGGGCUGUUUUUCUGCAAAGGGACCAGGACGACUGAUCCGUGUAAAGGAAAGAAUGAAUGGGGCCAUGUAUUGUGAGAUUUUGAGUGAAAACCUCCUUCCAUCAGCAAGGGCAUUGAAGACGAAACGUGGCUGGGUCUUUCAGCAUGACAAUGAUCCCAAACACACCGCCCGGGCAACGAAGGAGUGGCUUCGUAAGAAGCAUUUCAAGGUCCUGGAGUGGCCUAGCCAGUCUCCAGAUCUCAACCCCAUAGAAAAUCUUUGGAGGGAGUUGAAAGUCCGUGUUGCCCAGCGACAGCCCCAAAACAGCACUGCUCUAGAGGAGAUCUGCAUGGAGGAAUGGGCCAAAAUAACAGCAACAGUGUGUGAAAACCUUGUGAAGACUUACAGAAAAUGUUUGACCUGUGUCAUUGCCAGCAAAGGGUAUAUAACAAAGUAUUGAGAAACUUUUGUUAUUGACCAAAUACUUAUUUUCCACCAUAAUUUGCAAAUAAAUUCAUAAAAAAUCCUACAAUGUGAUUUUCUGGAAAAACAUUUCUCAUGUUGUCUGUCAUAGUUGACGUGUACCUAUGAUGAAUAUUACAGGCCUCUCUCAUCUUUUUAAGUGGGAGAACUUGCACAAUUGGUGGCUGACUAAAUACUUUUCCCCCCCACUGUAUGUGGGAACUCCUUCAAGACUGUUAGAAAAGCAUUCCAGGUGAAGCUGGUUGAAAAAGUGCCAAGAAUUUUCAAAGCUGUCAUCAAGGCAAAGGGUGGCUAUUUGAAGAAUCUCAAAUAUAAAAUAUACUUUGAUUUGUUUAACACUUUUUUUGGUUACUACAUGAUUCCAUAUGUGUUAUUUCAUACUUUUGACAUCUUCACUAUUAUUAUACAAUGUAGAAAAUAGUAAAAAUAAAGAAAAACCCUGGAUUGAGUAGGUGAGUAGGUGUGUCCAAACUUUUGACUUGUACUGUAUAUAUUAUAUUUACGGUAUAUAUAUUUUAUAAUGCCAUCUUUGUAUCUCAAGCAUUGUAAUGUGGUUAACCUUAAAAAUAUAAAUGAAAAUUAUUCAAAUCUAAAAGAUCAAAUUCAACCAGAGAGCCCUUUGUGGGAAAAAGGCUGCACUUCAAUCCCACAGUGAAUGACUAGGCCCUCUACACUAUGACACCACACACUACUGCAGAGUUUGAUAUUACCGGACGCAAUUGAUAUGGUGGAAACAUACUAUAUGGUAAGGGGAGGCAGAGGCACAGAAACUCACAUCAAUACCUUUGUCAGAUAACACUGUGAAACAAAUAAUUUAUGCUAUAUCUAGCAAUCAAGAGGAAACUCUGACUGAACGACUCAAAAACUCCCCAGCUUACAUUGGCUUGUGAAAGUAUUCACCCCCCUUGGCAUUUUUCCUGUUUUGUUGCAAUCUGGAAUUAAAAUAGAUUUUUGGGUUGUUUGUAUCAUUUGAUUUACACAACAUGCCUACCACUUUGAAGAUGCAAAAUAUUUUUUAUUGUGAAACAAAUAAGAAAUAAGACAAAAAACAGAACUUGAGCAUGCAUAACUAUUCACCCCCCCCAAAGUAAAUACUUUGUAGAGCCACCUUUUGCAGCAAUUACAGCUGUAAGUCUCUUGGGGUAUGUCUCUAUAAGCUUGGCACAUCUAGCCACUGGGAUUUUUGCCCAUUCUUCAAUGCAAAACUGCUCCAGCUCCUUCAAGUUGGAUGGGUUCCGCUGGUGUACAGCAAUCUUUAAGUCAUACCACAGAUUCUCAAUUGGAUUGAGGUCUGGGCUUUGACUAGGCCAUUCCAAGACAUUUAAAUGUUUCCCCUUAAACCACUCAAGUGUUGCUUUAGAAGUAUGCUUAGGGUCAUUGUCCUGCUGGAUGGUGAACCACCGUGCCAGUCUCAAAUCUCUGGAAGACUGAAACAGGUUUUCCUCAAGAAUUUCCCUGUAUUUAGCACCAUCCAUCAUUCCUUCAAUUCUGACCAGUUUCCCAGUCCAUGCCUAUGAAAAACAUCCCCACAGCAUGAUGCUGGCAUCACCAUGAUUCACUGUGGGGAUGGUGUUCUCGGGGUGAUGACGUGUUGGGUUUGCGCCAGACAUAGUGUUUUCCUUGAUGUCUAAAAAGCUCAAUUUUAGUCUCAUCUGACCAGAGUACCUUCUUCCAUAUGUUUGGGGAGUCUCCCACAUGCCUUUUUGCGAACACCAAACGUGCUUUUUCUUAAAGCAAUGGCUUUUUUCUGGCCACUCUUCCGUAAAGCCCAGCUCUGUGGAGUGUACGGCUUAAAGUGGUCCUAUGAACAGAUACUCCAAUCUCCGCUGUGGAGCUUUGCAGCUCCUUCAGGGUUAUCUUUGGUCUCUUUGUUGCCUCUCUGAUUAAUGCCCUCCUUGCCCGGUCCGUGAGUUUUGGUGGGCGGCCCUCUCUUGGCAGGUUUCUAGCGUUGCCAUAUUCUUUCCAUUUUUUAAUAAUGGAUUUAAAGGUGCUCCGUGGGAUGUUCAAAGUUUCUGGUAUUUUUUUUAUAACCCAACCCUGAUCUGUAAUUCUCCACAACUUUGUCCCUGACCUGUUUGGAGAGCUCCUUGGUGUUCAUGGUACCGCUUGCUUGGUGGUCUUGCAGACUUUGGGGCCUUUCAGAACAGGUGUGUGUAUAUAUACUGAAAUCAAGUGACAGAUCAUUGCACACAGGUGGACCUAAUUUAACUAAAUAUGUGACUUCUGAAGGUAAUUGGUUGCACCAGAUCUUAUUUAGCGGCUUCAUAGCAAAGGGGGUGAAAGCUUAUGCACGCACCACUUUUCCGUUAUUUAUUUUUUAGAAUUGUUUGAAACAAGUAAUUUUUUUCAUUUCACUUCACCGAUUUGGGCUAUUUCAAUACAUGAAAUCCAAAUAAAAAUCUAUUUAGAUUACAGGUUGUAAUGCAACAAAAUAGUAAAAACACCAAGGGGGGUGAAUACUUUUGCAGAAUGUUUUGCAAUUGACUGCGACAGACUCAAAUAAAAAAGUAAGCAUUAAUGAACUAUAUUUUUGUUAAUGGUUGAUAUAAAUAAUUACAUUGAAUAUGUGUUGUACUUACCUGCAGUAUAGUAUGAUUACUAUUCAUGUGUGCAUGGUUCAGAGCAUAUGAGCGGAGUGGAGCGGGAGCGAGCGUGGAGCGUGAGCGGACGGAUUUUGAACAGAGCGCAGAGCGGCAUUUUUAAAAGGACGGAGCGUCGCCCUAUGUCCCGCUCCAAUUUCGCUCGCUCACACCACGAGUCUGAAGCAUGCUCAAGCCUGACCCAGAAUCCAUCUGUUUAAUUUAAUUUGUGUCGUCCAUGAAUUUGUAUUUUAUAGAGUGAGAGGAGCAGCAGCAGCAACAAGAGAAAAGGGUUGAGGAAUUCAAAAGUUUAUUCACUGCACGCAAAGGCCCAACCAUAACAAGGGAGAGAAAAAGAGAGCUGGAUGUAGCAUUUUUAAAAAUGAUUUUCAUGGACUAUGAACCGCUGAGUAAAGGAGAACGCGAAGGGAUGCAACACUUCGCCAGCGCAGCUCAACCGGGCUACACCCCCCCAAGAAACUAUGAUAAAUCAGUACUUUACUUUGUCAAAUUUACACCUGAGAUGCCCCAUUCACAUGCUUCAGCUGGCGAUCAAAAACGCCUUUAACGAGCACGACAACAUGAAUAGGCUGUUAGUGAAAGUCGGGCACCUGGUGAAAAGUGUACGCAAGAGCACAGAGGAAACCGACCAAUUAGGUGUCCGCCCCACAAAUGCCUGCGCCAUUCGAUGGAGCAGCCAGCUGCGGAUGAUUCAGUCGUUCAUCCGGUUGUUCCAAAAAGACCCGUUAUGGCAAAACAAACUCAAGUCUAAUGUUGCUAACAUGAAUCAAGUACGGCAGCUGACGCACCUUGUCAGUGUGCUGACACCACUAGCAGAUCUCACAGACAAAAUGCAGAAGGAGCUGGGGAACCUGGGGAUGAUCCUCCCUGCUGUCACAGAAAUCAAAUCCCUGCUCACCCAUUACACUCACGCUGCACUUCCAAUGGGCAUCGCUGCUUUUGCAGAAACAUUGGCAAACAACGUGUAAAUUCGCUAUGGAAUAUACUAUACUGAUUAACAUCUCAUUUUAGCGUCAGUGUUAGAUCCCCGUUUCAAGACAGAAUGGAUAAUCCGAGAUGAGUCUGUAUGCAAAAAAUUCGGGGAGAUAAAGUAAGGCUGUGGUUUAAGCUAAAAGUGAAAUAUAUGCAGAUUUUGUUCCUUUUUUGGAGUGAGCGGGGGGCGAUUUGAGUGGAGCGCGAUGCAAACUGCGUUGAGCGCUGAGCGAUAAUGAGCGGACUGGCCUGAUGUGGCUUUGAGCGGGGGGAGCGGGGGGGGUGAACAGCUCCGUGAGCGAGGAGCUGAGAUUCUCACCGCUCCACUCCGCUCACAUGCACUGGCAUGGUUAUUGUCGUAUAUGAUGAAUGGUGGCAAUUAUUGCUGUCAACACAGAGUCCGUUAUGCUGCAUCGUGUGAGAGGCUUUUAUUAAAAUCACGAGUUUUACAGCAUAGGUACAGACUCGCGAUGUCCGGAGAACGGCUCCCCAGAUUGCUAUGGCCGUUCUGACGUCUCAUCGUUUAACUCCUAUUUAUAAACAAUGCAAAAAGAGGGGUGACUCCCUCUUCUGGCCAAUCACCAGUCUCCCCUUUAUAUAACCUUCCAAGAGUUGAAUGGCUCCCUCUACUGUCCAAUCCCCGUAUCUUACAACCCACUUCCUGUCUGUCAUAUGUCAUUAUACUAAACAUUGCCUUUUGAUACUAACAUAACCAACAUUCCAUUUCUUCAUGAAAAACAUUUAACAAAGGCAUAAUCUUCAGACACUACAUUCCCCCCUUUCGAGACGAACUAAACGUCUCGAAAACAAACAGAAUAGGAUUAUGACUAGUAACAAUUUAUCUUAUUGAGUAUCUUUAACAUUAAACCAAAACCAUUCUCCUCUAGAGCGUAAAUUCCUUUCUAUGCAAUAACUGUUCAUGAAGUGGGAAUACAUUACUAUGGCAUAUGAAGAAAUCUCUAUGGAGUGUAAGAGCGAAAAACUGUCUGGCAGCCAUCCAUCCAUAUCAAUCAAGACAGUAAAAUUCUCUCACGGUCCCUCUGCCCCAGGCAACCACCGUCGGUACUCCAGAUAACCUCAUUAACCAUGUAAAUGCAUUUGAAACUAUGAUGCAAUUAAAUACACAUGUAAGCCCCUGCAAACAAAAUCCUAUCCAUAAACAUCCAUUGUACGGCUGGUCAACCCAUAGGACCGUACAAUGAAACUCUCCCUUCCUAGCCUCUCUGUCCCUAAACAUUCACGAAAUAAACAAAAACAUCUAAGAUCCUCCCAUGUAUCCAAUUACAUCAAACAUCAUUCUACAAAAAUUAAUCCCUGAGACUAUUACACAAUUAUGUAUUACACAUGUCUAUAUUUCAUUGCCGACACUGGAAUGUAGUCCACUACACUUCAUCUCCCCGUAGUCUUGACUUGGAUGAAUGGAUUGUUGAUGAUGAAAUCAGCCACACCCUCCUUGUUUCAUCUCCUCCAGUCAUAUUGUCCCUUCAUAUUGUCUUUGUUUGAGUAUUUCAAUCUCCACAUGUUCCCCCAAAUGCGUCUGGAAUGAAAAGAAAAGAAACAACCAAACAGUAUCUUUUGCAAAACAAACACUUUCAAAUUAAACCUCAAUUUCACCUAAGAAUUUUAAAAAAAUGAUAUAUAAAUGAUGUAUGAAUCACAUAAACCUAUUCCCCCCUUUGAUUCAUAAAUCAUAUCAAAAUCACCCCAAUAUUGGAAAUAAAAUCGAAAAAUAAUCAACUCAUAAAAAAAAAUGAUAUUUAUCCAUCAGUUCCACGUGUCCAUCUUUAUCCAGAUCAGGAACAGUCAACACCGGCAUCUGAGUGUUGUCUCCAGGCAUCACUCUCCAGCCUAUCUCCAUAUCAUAACUUUCUCAAAGGUCAGUAACAAAUUACAAACAUCACAGUGUUAUCAAAGCUGAAACUAAAAUCUGACCCAUCACUGCCCCUACUGGCCUAAUUGAUCUUGCAACCAAGUCUUCCAAAUGCAUCCCUUAUUUCCUUCAAUGCCUCUAUAACCCCAAUAUUAUCUGAACUAUCUGGACUCAAAGUAUAACUAAUAUUUAUCAAUAUGAUCUUCCCAAAUGUUACACCAUACCAUGAAUAAAGUCCCCCCUUCUCCCUUAGACUUAUUCUUCAAUGAUAGGCUUGAAGCCUAUGACAUGUCGCUUUUCAUCCUAUUUUGAACUCUAGUUUCAAAUUGAUCUGUGUUCGGUGCUACUCCUCUUUUAAUAGUAAAAGCCUCAUAUGGAAGCUUCAACGUUGACAUGUAACCAAAUCCUGUCCAUUCAUAAUGUAAGAAUAUAUAUUUUAUCAUCACAAACCCACCAAAUAUCUCUAAAAUUCUCCAUAGUCACAUUGUCAGUCAAAAGCUAAUCGUUUAACCAUCAAAGUCCUGCUUUUCUUACUACCUGCUACCUAAAAAGUAACAUAUUUCUCAUUACUACCCUUAAGGUCAUGCUUAUCCAAAGUUAUCAUAUAACAUCCCAAUCUGAUCUUCCCAUAAACACACCCCUUACCUCAUAUGUUUUAUUAGAAUAAAACAACUUUUAGCCCUCAAUGUUUCACCUGAAUACUUCAGGAUUCUGUUGUUACCUGCUUUUCCUUUCCCAUUUAACAAUUCCCAUAUUAAUUCACUUAACCCAAUUCCACCUAACCCUAGGCUUAAACCACUGUUCUGACAACGACAUUAUUCUAUCUGUCAAUGACUGUUGCUGAUACCACAGUUAUGACAAAUCAUAAGACUGAACCACACCUGAUAGAGGCCGCGCGACCGUCUAACAUGUCUGGUGCUGGAAUCCUCAACAGACAUGGACCUCAAGAUUCCUCACUGAUCUUACAGAAUGAGUUAAUCUAUCUCUAAUUUCCACAACAGAAGAACGAGCGGUACUGAUCAGAUACCUCUCCCUGUCUGUCAUCAAAAUCAAAGACCUCAUCCUGUCCUCCAUGAUGAAUCUAUAUUCUCUCUACUACUCUCUGUUCUCCUAUUUUAACCCUAUUCGUACUAUCAUUGACAGCACUCUCCAUCCGUAACAUAACCCCUGAGUCCUUCUUGCUAACCCCCUUUAAUUUCAGAACAGUUGUUGUCGAUGCCAUACUCCCUACAUCGUAUCAUUAAUCCCUUCCAAAGUUACCAUUAAAGUAGUUGAUUUAGUUGCUGUAUCAACCCUAAUUACUUCUAGUGCAAAGGUUCCCAUUAUCCUCGGUGUAUUAUCUACUGUUGGAGUGACUCCUGUCCAUUCAGUUCUACUCCUCCUGAACUCCCUCAAUGACUGUGGAGGCUACAACAGACCUCAACUCUUCCAUUAUAAGCGUUACUUUGUGAAUUACAUAGCCCUUUAACCAAUAAUUCUUAACCGGAACAAAUUCUAAUGCUUGCACUAGAUAAGUACACAUAUUCUCCCUGACCUUUCUCUGUAACAUUACGCAACAUAAGUGAACAGUCACUCCUAACCCUCUUCUAAACUAUACCUCCUUUUACUCCUGGUCCUGAUAACAAUACUUAUUCUCCAUAAUUAUCUCUCCAUAUGGGAGAAACGUCCCCAUCCUAAACCCUAAUAAGUAUUUUUCCCUAACAUUGGUGCUGUAUUGGUUCCCUUAUAAUCAAAUGCGAUAUAUUUAUGGCUUUAAUAACUGUCCAUGUUGAAAGAGUUAAAUUGCUUCUCCCUGUUGUUCUAAUAGACUGAAGUGUUAAUGUCCUUAUUUACUCCUAGUUUUCCCCAGUUUUCCCCUAAGACUUUGAACUCUUUACUUGUACUUCCAUCUAUCACCACUAGUGUCACUUUUUCCCCAAAUCUCAGUCCUAUCUCUAAAUCCCUGACUUUCAAACUUUUGAUUACACAAAAUACCCCUAUAAUUACCUUGAUCUUCCUACUCUACAGUGUCAUUCACCAUUGUUCUCUCUCUCUCUUACUACUAACUUUAAAACUUAGCUUACUGUCUCAGAGUUCCUUCAACCCUAAUCUACUCCUAACUUAUUUUAAUCUAAUCUUUUCUCUCAUAACAUUUAAAACCUUUUCCCCUGAUAUUCACAAAAUCCCUUACCACCAAAUUUUAGAAGAUGUGAUUGGGAAAGUUCCCCACCUGCUUCUGACUCAUUACACACAGACUUGGCAAAACGACUAACCACCUUUUAGCCUAGCCUGAAAUCCCUUAGUGUAAGAAUGUAACCCAGAAUAAUAAUCACCCCUUUUAACUUUUCAGACAGAUUGUCUUAAUAGACAGUCUAGUGUACAUCUUAUUGUACAAUUCAAUUCUCUUCCCAACACUGCAAUAACAGUAUCUUCUAAUAUUAGUAUGUCUAUUUUGAUUAACUGUUUUACUACCUCAAAUCCCUAUCCUAAUUCGUUAUCAAUUAGUGAGAUGUUUAACCUCUUUAGGCCUAAACCCAAAUAAGUUUUUCCCCUAUUCACUAUCACUUCUAAUGGCCGGUUGUUUCAACUGUUAGCUAUUUUCUCUUCUCCUCUAAUCGAUGCUCUCAGCAAUGCACCCCCCUUCCGGAUCUUCUAGACACUAACAGGUGAUCUUGAAUUGCCCCUGUAUCUUCCUUAAAAAUGUUCUCUGUUCUUCCUCCUCCUCCAAUUCUGUGUCUGUCCAGAAACUGGCGGUCGAUAUGGAACAUCUGGUCCCCCCUUGGCUGGUACAAUUGCCUUUGAUAUUGUUCAGUUGAAGCUGUAACAGUGAUUGUUGAUUUGGUUCACCCUGAUUCUUCAUCACACAAGCUUCUCUUCUCCACCAGUUGUAUGAUUGACUUCUCAGAGUUUUCUUCGUCCUGUUCUUUGUUGUUGACAUAUCAGGAUUCUUCAAAAGCUUAUAUUUAAGUUCUGGUCCUCGAAAUAUCGUCUUCCAUCAUCUUCUUACUUUUCUUCAGCAUCUUUGCCUCAAUGUAUUCUUCUUCUCCUCCAAUUCUUGGGAUUAAAAAUGUUCUCCGCAGGUUUUUCUCCUUGUCUCUUCUGUAUCUUCAGCGUCUCGAGCUGUUCCUCUAGCUCCCUUACCUCUCCCAAAGUCGUCUCUUCCUCCAGGCCUGAUACGCCUCGGUCUAUAUCUCCUAUUUCUUCUUUGCCAGUCAUUGUAGGAUAAAAUCCUCUUGAACAUAAAGCACCUUUAACCUCCAAAUCUUCAUCGCUUUCUUCAUCAGAACUCGAAUCUCUUGUCCCCUUCUUCGUUCAACUUUUAUCAGAGAUCAAAUCUCGUGUAUCUUCUUCGUUCUCUCUUGCCAACUUCCUUCUGAUCACAGAGUCAUAUCCACCCAUGACCUCUCUCAAUCACUCUCAUCUUCAUCAUCCUCAUCUCCUUUAAGUUCCCAGACAUCCCGGUUUUCCUUCCUUCUGGAGUUUUGAAUUCAUCUUCAUCGUUAUUUCUGCUCGUAUUCGUCUUCAUCUCUGAUGCCAUAAUCACCAUGCUAGAUGAUCACUGAAAGCUUCCUUCUCGUAAGGUGGGUGUCUUUUUGCUGAAUCCGUAUGUGAGAAAGGUGUACUAACAUCUGCCAUUAGUUUUCUCCUAACACAUCAACCCUUUUAUAUUCCUUUAUUGUGAACUAUCUUAUUUUAGACUGUAUAGCCUAAGACUUCCCCCCUUAAAUUAUUAAUAUAACCCUAACAACCCCCAAAUUUUUUAUUUAUUUUUUCCCUCCCCAAAAAAUCAAAUAAAAUCAAAUAUGAAUAUUAAAAAAUUCAAUUAAUGCCUUAUUCAAAAACCCUUUAAUUAAAAAUAAAAACCAAUUAAAAACUCAAUUAAAAAUUAUGAAUAAUUUAAAAAACCAAUUUUUUAUUCCUAUAUCCACCAAUUUAUCAAUUAGUGUUGGCUAUCUAAACCACAAACCCAUCAACUGCAAGUAAAUGCAAGUUAGUCAUCUUCAGACUAAAAAUACCCAUAACAAAGCCUCUAACCUUACAAACCCUUCAAUACUACUCCAUUCCCAUACCCCUUGCUGCUAUCAGCUCUAAUUAUCUUAAAUUUACAGAGAAUGUCAGUCUUCGAUUCCCAACAUCUUAAUCAACCCCAGUGAUACCACAGAGCUCCCAAAUGCCAUUUUUAAUGAAAUAGUAUUUGCCAGCCUAUGUAAAAAUCGUCAUAACAUCACAUAUUUUGUUUGGAUGAUUUUUUGUACUAGCCUAUCUGAUCCCUUUGUUGGGCCCCCCACCCCUUUUACGGGGGGGGGGACGCACAAAGUCAGCCCCCCCUCUCUCUCCUCCCCUCGUUCCAGUUCCUCUCAUAUUUCAAAAAAAAAGACACAGACAAGUUUCAGAUUAAUGCAAUCACUGAGAUUUCCAAACCCUUCAAAAUUCGUUCGUUUUAAAUUAUUUUACUCUAAGGUAAAUCAGAACCCAAAUAGAUCGACCCCAAAAACCCUUUUAUUUUAAAACCGUCCCUUUUAAAUUUUUUCACUUUAUUAUUCUUCGCCCAAAUAUAUUUUUAAUUUUUUCAAUUCAAUAGGGGGCACACCCCAAAAUUUUAUCCCUUUAACCAAUCUUUUUUAAAAAGAAAACUGUGCUAAAAUCUCUUGUCGGGUUGGUUUUUCCCUCUCCCCGCAGCCCCCCGAGGGACCUUUAACCCCCCAAAACCAAACCCUUUUGUUUUGUAGGCUAGCGCCCCAUGUGUAGUUUUUUGCCCCGUAAAAUCAAAAAGCAUGCGCACAUCAUUCAAACCCAUGUUUCCCCACAACGAAAAAGCAUUCGCUACAGGUCACAUUUUUUUACCCUUUUAACCCCCCAAUUACAAAAUAAAAGAGUACAAAUUUGGGGGGGAAAUUCAGUUCCCACCCCUACAAACAAAUUUAAAAGGCUUGAACCAAACGCAGGGACCCCUAAGGUUAAAGUUAUCAUGUAGCACGCAACCAAUUUGCCCUUUAGGGAAUUAGCCCCUUACAUUUCCUUAGUAACUGCGGCCUUUUCCAAAAAUUUAACCCAAAAAGCCGCAUUUCUCUUUAAUUGAUUUUCUGUUUCGGUUUGCCCUAAAAAAUUCGCCGGGGUAUGGGGUAUUUCAGUGAGCGAUCCCCCCCCCCCGCAACAUCCCUCGAACAGAAGUUGGGGUAAGCCAUCCCCCAAAAAAGGGCCCACCAACCCCCAGUCCCAGGGCUGGGAAACCGAACAAUCCAAUGCAUUCCCGGAUUUUUGGGCCCCCCCUGGUGGGCGCCCCGUUCGUACGAAAGGGGUUACCCAAACCUGCAAAGCUCUUUAAAAGGAAAGCGAUAUCUGAAUUUUCCAAAACCCUUGUCCCCGUUACCCAAAAAAAAAAAUGAUCCUACCGUUUUCCUAAAUUUGUCUUGCCCAUAGUUUCCCAAAGAAUUAAAAAAAUUUCUCUAAAUCCCCAUUGCCAUCCGUUACCAAUGAAAAAUAAACUUAUCACUCAAAAAAUCAUUGUCUAAGUUACCCAAAGAAAUAAAAAUUUUACAGGGUCCAAAUGAACCCGCAACAACGCCACCCAGGCCCGGGCGAAGGAAAAAUCUUUAAAUGUAAACAAGUCAUAUCCAAUCUAAAAAAAACUCCGAAAAGGGGGGGAACCCCUCACCCUUUUUUUGGCCAUGCUUCAGAGAGAGUUAGGGCCCCGGGGUUUUAAUGAAAAAGGAAGAGACGCAAACCCCGCCCCACUUGGGCGCCCUUAGGGUAUAUGUGAAUGGUGGGAAAAUUUUUGCUGGGCAACCCCAGAGUCCCUUUUGCUGCACGGUGAGAGGCCUUUUUUUAAAAUCACGGGUUUUACGCAUAGGUACAGAUCGCAUGUCCGGGGAAGGCUCCCCAGAUUUAUGGAGUUUGAAAUCUCAUGUUUUAACCCCAUUUAUAAAACAAUGAAAAGGGGGGUGGGUCCCUUUUGGCCAAUCACCCGUCUCCCCUUUAUAUAACCCAAAAGUUGGGGGCUCCCCCCCUGUCCCAAACCCCCUAUUUUACAAACCCCCUUUGUCGUCAUAGUCAUUAUACUAAAAAAAUUUCCUUUUGAUACUAAAAGAACCAAAAAUUCCAUUUUUCAUGAAAAACAUUUAACCAAAAAGGGAUAACUUAAGGGAAAACAUUAUUAUUGGCUUGACCGUGGGCCUUUCCCCUUUGGGUGAUUUUCAUCACCCAGAUUAAAAUCUGUACAAUGAAUUUACCACAUGUUGAGUGGGCCCGUAUCGUUUUGUGUAUUUGGGACUGUUUUUUUAGGCUGUCACCUUUUAUUUUUAGGGUUUAAAAAAAAAGAAAGAAUAUUGAAAUGCGUUUUGGGGAUUCCCCUUUUUCAAGGUUUCUAAGUUGGGGGCCCGGAAAAAAUGUUUGAUAAACCCAAAAGUUGGGCGUGGGCCAAAAAGGUUUGGGGAAAACCCCCCAUUAUUGGAAAGGGGGUUUAACUGCCUCUCGGGGUUUUAAACCCUUUUCCAAAAACAGGGGUAAAACGCUUUUAUUGUGGAGGGUUUAUAAACCAAAGAAACGGUUUUUUUAUAAUUUUGCGGCGUUUGGGGGAAAACAAUUUAACAAGGCAAAGCGAUGUUUCUAAAUGGGGAAAAAGCGGAACCCCUUCUUUUUUUUUACAUUACAAAUACUAAUUCUGUUGUUUCUGCGUUUAAAUUUUUUAUUUCUUUCAAAAGGAAUUUGGGCAUGUUUAUCUCGGGGUUUUUUUUCUUUUUCCUUUUUUCCCCCUGUAAAAAUAUUUUUGGGGUUAAAAAAAUAUAGCACUGAAAUAAUGUUUUUCCCUUAGUACUUCCUGCCCAGACCAGCUGAAGGGGGACUCAGUGGGGCACCACAUCAGUGUGUUAGUGGAGCCCGCCAAACCCGGAUUGGACCAAAACCCAAAAAACAUUAAAACCCGUCUCCUACGCGGGCCAGGGACCGAAAACCCCAAUCAAUUAAAAAAUCUUUACACAGUCACUCUUUGACCCGAAACCCGGUACUUUAAUUUCUCGUCAUGUCUGCACUAUGCUUUGGGAAAAGGAAAAAACAAAAUCAAAAUGGUGUUAACAACCCUCACAAAAACAAAUAAGGAAGGCUGUAGUAAAAAAUUAGGGUUUUUGUGAACAUUAAAUAAUUAAUUUUACUUUAUUAAAGUUGACGGGUUUUCAAAAUUAACUCUUGUAAAAAGAAAUAAUUCCCUAAAGGAUGGGCAGCUGGGAUGUAAAGGACAGUAUUUACCAACAAUUAGUUUUUUAAAAAAAUAAAGGGAAAAAUUUUUGCACGCCUUUUUCAAAACUUUGGGCCCCUUCCUUUUGGGAUAACAGUGGGGCAGCGGUAUAAGGCAAUGCAUUCAGUGCUUGAGGUUCACUCCCGACCCCUGGUUCGAUUUCCCGGUGGAUCACAACCCGGGCUGAUUUGGAAAUCCCAUAGAGGGGCACAAUUGGCCAGCAUCGGGCCCGGGUUUUGGGCCGGGGUAGGCCGGCCAAAAAAUAAUAAAAAAGAAUUUGUUUUUUAAGGGGCUUGGGGCCAGUUAAAUAAAGGUAAUAAAAAAAAAUUUGACUUUUUCUAUUUGGGUUUUAAGAGAUUUAAGAACAAUUGCGAAGGGGUUUUUGACAAUUCCCCCAUAUAUUUAAAUUUUUUUUUACAUUCAACGGGGAUUUUGGACUUUCCCUUUUUUCAAAUUCAAACCAAAGGUUUUUAAUGAGGUUUAAGUAAGUCCGGAGGGAAAAAGAAAGGGCCCUUGCAAAAUGUGGAUUUUGAGGGGAAUUACCCUUUUUAUUUUGAGGGGUGUUGGGGUUAAUUUUCUUUGGAAGAUCCCUUUUAGGGAAAAUUUCAGCCCCUAGUAGUAGAUACAGUUUAAUAACUACAAGGAAACCCUCACAGGGGGGUUAGUGAGCAGGUUGAAAUUUACCCCGAUUUUUUUAGCCAUCACAAUGCAGGGAAAUGAGCAGUUUAAAUACAGACUGGACCCCUCACCCUGAAAGGGGAUACUACGGGCUGGGGCCAACCAAAUGCCCUGUUAGUGAGCAUGAAUAAAGAAUGGAGAAACCCCCUGCAAAGUUAGUGAGCAGUGAUUUUCUACAGACUGGAGCCAUCACACUGCAUGUUUGUGGCAUGAGAAGGGGCAGCGUAUGUCAGAUAGUUUGGGGAAAAUGGGAUAGGCUCACACCAGUGAAGGCGGGUUUCCAAGGAGCCCAAACACCUCAAUGGGGGGGCAAAAACUAAGAAGGGCCCCGCCUAACCCCUUUGCUUUUGGGAAAAUCUGCCCCGUCCCAGAGAGGCUAAACGGGGGAACCUGGAAGGGGUGAAGGGAAAAAGGAACCCCCCAGACGGAAACGAUGAGGAGGGGGUUGGGCCCUGGGGCCUGCUGGUCCCUGAGUAUGCCACAUCAAGAAAAGGGAAACAUUUCCAAAGGGGGUUUGUAAACCACCCUGACGCCCCCUUUUCUGGGGUCUUUUAUCUGAGGGCCCGGGCUAAGACCCCAUUGAGGGCCCCAUUUGGCCGGGCUGGGUCAAGGGGGCCAAAAAUGCCCAAAAGUUAUGUUUACGGGCCCUUCCCCGACGUCCGUGUGGGAAACUGGAGCUAA